GUACAUGUCAUUGAAAUGAAUGUUCUGAAUGUGAUUACGUCACGCUCGCGCUCAGGUGGAGCCAUUCAGGGGCCGCAGAUGCGUGUGCGCGUUCACGAGGAGCGCGCCGUGUUGACGGACGCGAGUGUCUGGAGAGGCAACAUGUCCACCACAGCCGCCGCGCAGCUGAACAACAAUGAAGAACAUGGACUCAACGGGUCCUGGGUGGAGCUGGAGAUGAACGGAAACACUCAGCAGCAGAACACCAGCUUGCCCUCGCUGCUGGGGAAUGGAAACCAAGGCGAGUCCCAGGCUUCACAGGCCCUGGAGGCUGUGCAGGAGGAAGAGGAGGUCCUAACAGGGGGACUGGAGCACGUGCCUUCCUCCUCCUCUAUCCAUAAUGGAGACAUGGAGAAAAUCCUACUGGACGCCCAACAUGAGUCCAGCCCCAGCAGUUCAUCCUGCAACAGCCCACCACGACCACACAGUCCUGACCAGGAUGAGGGGCAGAUCAUGUUUGAUGUGGAGAUGCCCAGCGAGAGAGACUGUCAGUCAGAAGAUGAUAGUCUGGAGAGGGACAAAGAGGAUGAUAUCCUCAUGAAUAAAGGGGAGAGUUGGGUGGCAGACUGGUCCAGUCGACCAGAGAACAUUCCCCCCAAGGAAUUCCACUUCCGCCACCCGAAGCGUUCUGGAUCGGUGUCUCUGAGCAUGAGAAAGACAGGUGCUAUGAAGAAAGGAGGCGUGUUCUCCGCUGAGUUCCUCAAAAUGUUCAUGCCCUCGCUGCUGCUCACCCACAUCCUGGCUCUGGGACUGGGGGUCUACAUUGGGAAGAGGUUGACUACAGCCUCCACCAGCUCAUUUUAAACCUGAUCAGACCCCAGUGCUUGGACGCCCCAUCAUGAGCAGCCGUGGCACAGCAGUGGCAAAUCAUGUGAUGAUUCCCCUCUCUCACUCUCUCUCUCUCUUUUUCUCUCCCCUGUCUGUCUGUCUUUCUCUUUAUCUUCUCUUUGAACCCACGGUACUGGUUUCCCAUAACCCCCUUCCGCUUGUUGACCUUUAUCUGCGUCGCAGUUCUUUGCCCUCUAACGCCAUGGCUUACUGACAUGUUUUAUAUAUUUUUCUUUGGACAUGUUCUCAAUUAUUCACUGACGCAAGCUAGAGCCCCAGUUACCGCACCAUCACUACACGGCAUAUUAUCUUUUAUUUCUGCAUGAUGUAUUUCAUAUGCAACUAAUAUGUCUCUCUGUGUGCUCCUGGAUGUGGCCGGGAAUCUUGGGAGAUUACUGUUUUAGGUACCACUGGACUUAUACACAGUAUAGUGCCAUCUUUGUAUCAACUCCUAAUAUGAAAAAUUAGUGAUGUUUCAUCCUAGAGAAAUCAUUCUAGAGAGAUAAUGUUGUGCAUUUGAAUUAAUUCACUUCCCUUCAUGUGCGACAGAAUCAUAAAUACAUGUUAGAGUCAUUCCAAUGACUUUUAUAGGAGAACGACGGCCUCAUGAGACUGUUUAAAGUCAUUCUUCAUAUAUGUCAGUGCAUUAUGUUGGACUGUUACAGUUAUUUCGAGACUUAUUUUGUGUAGAAUGUAAACCUUCCUCUCGGUUUUAGGAAGAUCGAGUUGCUGAAUAUUCUGUUUGCUCUUCGCUUCCAGAAAGAUCCAGUAUGACAGAUACAAAACUGAAACAUUGCUUUAUAGCAGCAGAGUAUAAAAAUAUAUAAAUUUACUACCACAAUACAUGUUUUUCUAAUCAAAAGACCUUAAGCUAAAGAGAUCAGCAUGGACGUACAUCUGUUUAAGAGCCAAACUGGUCCGGUUAGUUGUUUUUUGAGUUAUUAGGAAAGCUACACACACACACACACACACACACACACAAACUCACACGCUCUGGUUUGCCUUGAUGCAUAUCCUGCUCGCAGCAGUUUCUGACUGUGUAUCUCAGUGCCAAAGGGUUUCCACCGCCGAACCCAACACGAGUCCCUCGCACUUCUCGUAGACUCGGUCUGGUUUGAGUGGAUUAUUCGUCCUGUCAAUCACUCCAUUAUGACAACACCUUACAAGGCCUUUGAUUUUACUGUGAACGCCCUGUUGAUAUUAGUCAUAGUGUUUCUAUAGUUGUGUAUUAUGCGCUGUUGUACGUACUUUUGUCAAGGCAACAGAUCCACACUCCGUCUACAUAUUUUUAUGUGACGGUGUAGUUUUACAGAUCAUUUAGAUGACUUUAACAGGUUUACACUCACCGAUUUACAGAUGAAAUCUGUCGCGAACACAUCCAGGUUUUAUUUUCACGACAAACUAAAUUUUCACCCAUUUUCUUUUAAAUUGAAACGUUAAUAUUAAACUGUGAAUUUUGGCUUUAAUAUUUAUAGUCAUGGUUAUAUUCAUUUCACUGCCUUUAAAUUCAUGCUAUUUUAAUUGAAAAAAACAUGGUAUUACGCUAAUUUUUAUUGUAAUACAGCAAAAAAAUGAAUGGAAAUAAUGUCACAAUAAAAAAAAAAUAAUAAUAAUAAUUGCAUUAGUCCCAAAUAUAAACAUGCACAUAUAUGUGUGUGUGUGCAUAUAUAUAUAUAUAUAUAUAUAUAUAUAUAUAUAUAUAUAUAUAUAUAUAUAUAUAUAUAUAUAUAUAUAUAUAUAUAUGAAACAUAACCUGGACAUUUUCUAAACAGGUUAUUCACCCUCACAGUAUCUAGUAACACUUCUGUUAGGCAAAGAGUGUUUAAAAGACCUUGAAACCUCAUAGUUAAGUAGUCCAGUGAGAGUUCUGCUACUUUAACCAGUUAACAGGUCACCCUUUGCAUCGAGUCCGUCUGUGUCAUUGUGCCACACUUUACUUCUUUACUCUGUUUUCAUGCUUUUUCUGUCUCGGAGGGGGAAUGGAAAUACAAGAGGCCAAUUUAGUGUCACUUCAGCCGUGCCUCGAGUUUUGUUUGCACCUUUUCUGAGCCCCAUUGCAUGCGUGUGUUCAGAGAAUCCACAUCAGGACCAGUGACGGAGGUGAAGUUUUCCCCUGCGUGGGGCGGAAAUGACAACUGUGAAUGGAAUAGCUGUAGCUCAAGUCAGAUAAGAUAAACUAGCCCUGCCCUGUCUAUGUUGGGUGGGAUCACCAUACGAGAUGUUUUACGCACAUUAUUAUGUAUUCUUUCUCUGUUAUAUCUCUUUUGUUGUUGUGAAUUUUUGCUUUAAUCAUGAGUAUGGAUACUGGAGGGCGGGGCCCUCGUGAUUGACAGCUGUAUGAUGUGUUUCGUUUGAAUUCCAAUAGUGACUGGAGUGAUGAAGCAAAGAACGUGUAGUUUCUUGUAUUUCGCUGGUAUUGGAGGAAAACUGAACUGAUAUUAAAAUAUAACCUGACAUUCA